AGGGGGCGGUCCGCGGAGGCUCCUCCCUGAACGGUCAGGCCGCAGCCCGGGCAGGAGGAAGAGCGCUGGCUAGAGCGAGCUGGUCCGUUGACAGCUGCUGACAGCCGGCAGGCGUGGGGGCCGAGAGGUGGCAGCGUCCUCUGCUCCUGGGUCCGCGAUCCGGGCCGCCUUCCGGGUGAGAAGCGCAACUUCGCUUCCCCGCCACGGCUUCUCGUGCCCCAGUGCCUGCGUGCUGUCUCUUUAAGAGGGCGGUUGCUGGGGGGAUGGACACCCUGGAGGAGGUGAUUUGGGCCAAUGGGAGCACAGCACUGCCCCCACCCCUGGCACCCAACAUCAGUGUGCCGCAUCGCUGUCUGCUGCUGCUCUAUGAGGACAUCGGCACCUCUAGGGUCCGGUACUGGGACCUCUUGCUGCUCAUCCCCAACGUGCUCUUCUUCAUCUUCCUGCUCUGGAAGCUUCCAUUUGCUCGGGCCAAGAUCUGCAUCACUUCCAGCCCCAUUUUUAUCACCUUCUAUAUCCUGGUGUUCGUGGUGGCGCUGGUGGGCAUCGCCCGGGCUGUAGUGUCCAUGACGGUCAGCACCUCAGACGCUGCGACUGUUGCUGAUAAGAUCCUGUGGGAGAUUACCCGCUUCUUCCUGUUGGCCAUCGAGCUGAGUGUGGUCAUCCUGGGCCUUGCCUUUGGUCACCUGGAGAGCAAGUCAAGCAUCAAGCGGGUGCUGGCCAUCACCACGGUGCUGUCCCUGGCCUAUUCUGUCACCCAGGGGACGCUGGAGAUCCUGUACCCUGACGCCCACCUCUCAGCUGAGGACUUCAACAUCUACGGGCACGGGGGCCGCCAGUUCUGGCUGGUCAGCUCCUGCUUCUUCUUCCUGGUCUACUCUCUGGUGGUCGUCCUCCCCAAGACUCCGCUGAAGGAGCGCAUCUCCCUGCCUUCGCGGAGGAGCUUCUACGUGUACGCGGGCAUCCUGGCGCUGCUGAACCUGCUGCAGGGGCUGGGAAGCGCGCUCCUCUGCGCCGACAUCAUCGAGGGGCUCUGCUGCGUAGAUGCCACCACGUUCCUCUACUUCAGCUUCUUCGCACCGCUCAUCUACGUGGCCUUCCUCCGGGGCUUCUUCGGCUCAGAGCCCAAGAUCCUCUUCUCCUACAAAUGCCAAGUGGACGAGACCGAGGAACCGGACAUGCACCUGCCCCAGCCCUACGCUGUGGCCCGGCGGGAGGGCCUUGAGGCGGCAGGGGCUGCCAGCACACAGUUCGAUUCGGCCGGUGGGGUGGCCUACUUGGACGACAUUGCUUCCAUGCCGUGCCACACCGGCAGCAUCAACAGCACGGACAGCGAGCGCUGGAAGGCUAUCAAUGCCUGAGUGCGGCCGCCCUGGCUGGAAGACCUGCUGGGCCCUGUGGAGGGCAGACUGGAGAGGAGGCCAGGGAACGCAGAGUCCCCGGGCGGGGAGGAUGAGGUGACAGAGCCUUGUGAGGGUGGCAGCCCUGUGCAGGCCUCGCCCUGUUCUCCAGGCUCCCAGUUGCCCUCUGCCACCUCUGCUCUAGCUGGAGGCCACCUCCCCCUUCUGCCCUGCUCAGCGACAUGGCCCAGACUUGAUCUCCCAGGGUCAGGCCUGGCUGGCCGAGGACACCUCCUUUCUCGAAAACCUGGCCACCCAGGACUCGUCUGGCCCUCCUCAGCCCUCUGCCCCCUCCCCUUGGCACUUUGGCCUCCGCAAAGCCCACUCUGGCGGGUGGGCUGAAGUGUGUAUAUUUUCUUGAUCUAUUUUUUAAUAAAAAGGAAAAGGAGCA